AAAUACGGGGCUCGCAUCCGUGGCAGGGUUGAGUGUGCUGACUGCAGCGCUUCCCUGUUGCAGCAGGAUCAAGGUGAAAAGGAGAAUCCCAUGCGGGAGCUUCGCAUCCGCAAGCUCUGCCUCAACAUCUGUGUUGGGGAGAGUGGAGACAGACUGACCCGGGCAGCCAAGGUGCUGGAGCAGCUGACUGGCCAGACCCCUGUGUUUUCAAAAGCAAGAUACACCGUGAGGUCCUUCGGCAUCAGGAGAAAUGAAAAGAUUGCCGUCCACUGCACAGUCCGAGGGGCCAAGGCCGAAGAAAUCCUGGAGAAGGGCCUGAAGGUGCGGGAAUAUGAGUUAAGAAAAAAUAACUUCUCGGAUACUGGAAACUUUGGUUUUGGAAUCCAGGAACACAUCGAUCUGGGGAUCAAAUAUGACCCCAGCAUUGGUAUCUAUGGCCUGGACUUCUAUGUGGUGCUGGGUAGGCCAGGUUUCAGCAUCGCAGACAAGAAGCGCAGGACAGGCUGCAUUGGGGCCAAACACAGAAUCAGCAAAGAGGAGGCCAUGCGCUGGUUCCAGCAGAAGUAUGAUGGGAUCAUCCUUCCUGGCAAAUAAAUUUCCAUUUCUAUCCAAAAGGCCAAUAAAAAAUUUUCAGUCAAAUGUU